AUGUCGAGAGAAGCAGUAGCGGACAUUGGUCUGAUUGGCCUUGCUGUGAUGGGUCAGAACCUCAUCCUGAAUAUGAACGACAAGGGAUUCACUGUGGCUGCAUACAACCGGACCACAAGCAAGGUGGACGAUUUCCUUGCGAACGAAGCAAAGGGCACGAAUGUGGUUGGCGCACACUCGAUUGAGGAGUUUGUUUCGCUGCUCAAACGUCCACGCAAGGUCAUCUUGCUUGUCAAGGCUGGUCCUGCUGUUGAUGCAUUCAUCGAACAGCUUGUGCCUCACCUUGAGAAGGGUGAUAUUAUUAUUGACGGUGGCAACUCACACUACCCUGACACGGAGCGCCGAUGCAAAGAGAUCGAGGCGAAGGGCCUACUUUUCGUUGGCAGCGGCGUGUCGGGCGGUGAAGAGGGUGCCCGCCACGGCCCAUCGCUGAUGCCGGGAGGUAGUGAGGCUGCAUGGCCAUCACUCAAAGAGAUCUUCCAAAAGACAGCUGCGCAAACUGACGGCGAGCCUUGCUGUGACUGGGUCGGUGAUGGCGGUGCUGGUCAUUACGUUAAAAUGGUCCACAAUGGCAUUGAGUAUGGAGACAUGCAGCUCAUCACAGAGGCUUAUUGGAUUCUGAAGCAAGGCUUGGGCCUGCGCGAAAGCGAAAUCGCUCACAUUUUCAAGAAGUGGAAUAAGGGUGUGCUGGACUCGUUCCUUAUCGAAAUCACAAGCGACAUUCUCGCUUACAACGACGACGAUGGCGAGCCGAUUGUUACCAAGGUGCUCGACAGCGCCGGCCAGAAAGGCACAGGCAAAUGGACUGCGAUGAACGCGCUGGAACUUGGCCAGCCCGUGACACUUAUUGGCGAGGCCGUGUUUGCUCGCUGCCUUAGCUCGUUGAAGAGCGAGCGUCAACGCGCUGCGAAGAUCCUGACUGGCGCGAAGCCACGUGCUUUUGAGGGCAACAAGUCGCAAUUCAUCGACGACCUUGAGCAAGCGCUCUAUGCAUCCAAGAUCGUGUCAUAUGCUCAAGGUUUCAUGCUUAUGCGCGAGGCUGCUAAGGAGUACAACUGGAAGCUCAAUAACCCGUCGAUUGCGCUUAUGUGGCGCGGCGGCUGCAUCAUCCGCUCCGUGUUCCUCAAGGAUAUUACGAACGCCUUCCGUAAGGACCCUCAACUUGAAAACCUUCUGUUUGAUGACUUUUUCUCUCACGCGAUCAAGAAAGCAGAAGACGGCUGGCGCCGUAUCGUUGCCCAGGCUGUAUUAUGGGGUGUCGCGACGCCGGCAUUCUCGUCAGCUCUUGCAUUCUUCGACGGUAUUCGAUCGGAAACACUCCCUGCUUCUUUGCUGCAGGCCCAGCGUGACUACUUUGGCGCCCAUACGUUCAGAGUCAUGCCUGGCAAGGAGAAUGACCGUCUCAAGGCUGGAGAGGACAUUCAUAUCAAUUGGACUGGCCGCGGCGGUAACGUGUCAGCUUCGACAUACCAGGCAUAA